CGCAAUUGAGAGUGAAAAUGUGGAGACUUAAGUUGGGAGAAGGAGCAAAUGAUCCGUACUUAUUCAGUUCCAACAACUUUGUGGGAAGACAAACGUGGGAUUUCGAGCCUGAUGAAGGCACUCCAGAAGAGCGAGCUGAAGUGGAAGAAGCCCGCCAAAAUUAUUACCAUAAUCGUUUCAAAGUUCGAUGUAGUAGUGACCUUUUUUGGAAAUUUCACUUUCUAAGAGAGCGAAAUUUCAAGCAAACAAUUCCAAUAGUGAAAGUGGAGGAAGCAAUAAUUAAUAAGGAAACAGCGAGCAUUGCACUGAGAAGAGCCACCAAGUUCUUUGCAGCCUUACAAAGCCCUCAUGGCCAUUGGCCUGCUGAAAACGCUGGCCCUAUGUUUUAUUUCCCUCCAUUGGUAUUUUCGUUGUAUAUUACGGGACAUCUCCACAUCAUAUUCUUAGAAGAGCACCGAAAGGAAAUCCUUCGCUAUGCAUAUUGUCAUCAGAAUGAAGAUGGUGGAUGGGGAUUGCACAUUGUAGGACAAAGUUGUAUGUUUUGUACUGUUUUUAACUAUAUUCAACUUCGUUUGUUGGGGGAAGAACCCGACAAGGAUGAGUGUUUUAGAGCUCGAAAAUGGAUUCUAGAUCACGGAGGUGCUAUUUAUACACCUUCCUGGGGAAAGAUUUGGCUCUCGAUUCUGGGAGUUUACGAGUGGGAGGGAGCAAACCCCAUGCCUCCAGAAUUUUGGUUAUUAGGGAAAUUACUUCCUUUCAUUCCACGAAGUUUGUUAUGCUAUUCUAGAUUGACACUUCUUCCUAUGUCAUAUUUAUAUGGAAAACGAUUUGUUGGACCCCUCACGCCUCUCAUUCUUCAAUUACGUCAAGAAAUCUAUACUCAACCUUACAAUAACAUUAAAUGGAGCCCAACCCGCCAUUUUUGUGCAAAGGUAUGUCAAUUUGAUCAUGAAUUCUCGGAGAUACUUAAGAAGGGGCAUGACUUCAUUAAACAAUCACAGGUUAGAGAGAAUCCUUCGGGUGAUUUUCGAAGUAUGUAUCGUCACAUAUCAAAAGGAAGUUGGACAUUCUCCGAUCAAGAUCAUGGAUGACAAGUUUGUGAUGAUACUCCAUAAAAUUUAUUGUGUUUGAUAUUUUCUACAAUGCCUUCCAACAUAGUAGGAGAUCCAAUGGAACCACAAUUGUUUUUUGAAGCCGUCAAUAUCAUACUAUCCUUCCAAGCAAAAAAUGGUGGAGUCUCAGCUUGGGAGCCUACCGGAGGUGUACCAUCAUGGUUUGAGCGACUGAAUCCAGUAGAGUUCUUCGAAUACACCAUAUUGGAGCUUGAAUACGUAGAAUGCACGUCAGCGUCGAUCCAGGCACUUAUUCUAUUUAAGAAGCUAUUUCCAAGUCACAGAAAGAAAGAAAUAGAAACGUUUUUAAGUAAAGCAGUAAAGUAUUUGGAAGAAACACAGAAAGAGGAUGGAUCAUGGUAUGGAAAUUGGGGAAUUUGUCACAUUUACGCAACAUACUUCGCUAUAAAAGGAUUAGUGGCAUCUGGAAACACUUACCAAAAUUCCUCAACCCUACAAAGAGGUGUGGAGUUGCUUCUUAAAAUUCAAUAUCCAGACGGUGGGUGGGAAGAGAGUCACAUUUCAUGUAGAGAAAAGAAAUACAUUCCUCUUCCGGGGAAUUCUUCCAAUCUUGUUCAAACUUCCUUUGCUUUAAUAGCUUUGAUCCAUUCUCAACAGGAAAAGAGAGACCCAACUCCCCUUCACCGUGGAGCAAAGCUAUUGAUUAAUUCUCAACUGGAGAAUGGUGAUUACCCUCAACAAGAAAUAAGUGGAGUAUUUAUGAACACAUGCAUGCUACACUAUGGACUAUACAAGAACGUAUUCCCAUUGUGGGCACUUGCAGAAUAUUGUAAUAAGGUUUCAUUGCCAUAGUUUCAACCAAAUUUAUAUAACAUGCUUCCAGAUUUUUUUCA